AUGUACAUCUCGGCGGCCCUUGUGGCCAUUAAAUGCCCGCCCAAGUCACUGCCUUGGGCUUUCCACCGCCAGAGGACAUGUCCUCAGCAGAGCUCAAAGCUCGGCGGUCCUCCUUUCCUCUUGCAUGAGUUCUUUCGGUAUGUUAGAGGAGGUCAGCGUUUACGCGAAAAUCCCCCGCUGAACAGCCAUCCAGAGACUUGGUCACUUGGAUUCGCCUCUUUCCCCCGAAAACCUCCCCUACGCCCUCAAGAAGCCACUGUGUGGGUCUUCACAGCAUAUCUGAAAGGCAAGGCAGCUUGGUCUCGAGUAUUUGAUUCCUCCUCUGGUCGAGCUCAAGAUCAAGCUGUCUUGCCUUUCAGAUCAAGUUGUCUUGCUUUUCAAGUAUGCUGUGGUGGUCGCGGUCUAUGCUGUGAGGAGGAUCACGUCACACUGGGCAGAUUGAGUAAGUACCCUGAGGAGCUUCUGAAGCCCCAUGUUGACACUGUAUUCGACUCCAUCAUUGAUCGGGAUACUCCAGACGGAGUAGUCAGCGACUCAUGCGAAUACACAAUGCUUCACAUUGCUGCUCAUAAGCUGAUGUAUGACACAAUCGAGAAGCUGAACGAACUGGGUGCAAAGUGGCUGUACGUUAAGAACUGGCUCAACCAAGUUGUCUUGCUUUUCAGGUAUGCUGUGAUGGUUCAUCGGCUAUGCAAGCGCCCAUGGAUGGCCCUUGACCUUACUGGGAACUCAACCCUCUCACAACGAGUCCUAGGAUCAAAUGUUGAUUUGGAUUGCCAUUAUAGCGAUGGAAUCCCAAAGGACGCUGCGUAUAUGGAAUACGAUCUUGGUUAUGCCGCCAGCGCUGUUGUCUCCCAAACUAGAAAUUGCCCGUGCCGGGAAAGUGAUGAGAUAUGUCUUCCAGAAUUUCAAGCCGCGGUCUGUGAACUUGUCCUCAACGGCGGAAACGGCGAUAUGGCCACCAAGGUAAUCGAUAUUGACGUCGUGUCAAGUCUCGUUACCGGUAGAAGACUCAGUGAGGUUGUAUACGUUUCGAUGACCCUUGUUGACAUGGGGACAGGUCUCGACGCACUUUGCAAACUCAGAGACCCCAGAGGCAACACAUGCGAGGCGUUUAAACUCCCAGCUUCUGUCGAAUUCCGACCUAGGUAG